AUGAUAUUGCCUCUACCCGACACGGGCAAGACCAGAUAUUCAGAGAAGUUCAUAGAGGAUUUGGAGGACAGUUACAACGUCACCCUGAAGCUAUCAAGAGAAGAAAAGCCCAAGUUUCACAGUCAGUCGUCCGGACCGACUACCAGUGACGAUGGCAGAACGGAUAGCUCGAGUUUGGAAUCGUCUUCGUUGAACAUCGUGUUCGAUGACCAGAACUUGCCGAGCACAUCCGCAAAGCCUUGGAAACAGCCGUCGAUGCUCGACGGCCGAAUAGUACUCAGGAUGCCCUCAGAACAAUAUCUCGACGUUCCUCGAGUGUCGCGGUUAUCUGUAUCGUUACUGGACACCCUGAACGGAUGUUCGUUGGACAACUUCCUGGCCUUCAUGCAUGAUAUGGCUGCUGACCAUUUGGUCACCUUCUGGAUCGAAGCCGAGAACUUUCACGUCAGUAGCGACCAUGAAUCGGUCGUCGGCAUGAACUCGGUACUCAACUCCGGUACCGAUCCACAAGGCAACGAAGCUGUUUCGAUAUUUACAAAGUACUUCAGCCCAGAUUCGCCUUAUUAUAUCAAUCCUACGAACAGAGUACGGGAAGACGUAAUAAACGCGAUAUGCCUGAAAGACGGUAGUUUGGACAAGAAGUGUUUUCGCGCCGCCAAGCGGUUCGUAUACGAUCUGAUGGAGAAGCGUUACUUUCCGCUAUACGAAAGAAGCAAGCAUUACGCCAGGUAUGCGUUGGCCAUCCUCAGAGAUUCCUGCGUCACUUUGAGUGACAUUCUGUACAACGAACAAGCUCUGUUCUACUUCACCGAGUUUAUUGAACGGUGCGGUUGUCUUGCCCUACUAGAGUUUUGGCUGACUAUUCUUAACUUUGAGCACGAAGCUUUGAAUGACCCCGCCCUUGAAAAAGAACAGAUGCAGUCGGACGCCAUGAUCAUCUACCGGAAGUAA